AUGAUAAAAGGGAUCCCGAACUAUUUAGCAUGCGUCUCAAGAACCAAAGAGCUAUCAAUUUUCGACAUCAAUACCUUGCAACUCUUCGCGGGCCCUAUCAACAUCCCAGAGCACCUUUCUAAAGAAGAGAACCAGGGCCUCAACGACAUCUGGCUCAAAAUUUGGCUACCUGGCGCAUCUUCGGCUUCUGGAGAAUUAAAAUCACUCAAGACCCAAAAAUUUUUUUUUAUCGUCACAGGAUUGUACUUUACAUUUAUUUGGGACGUCGAAAGCCUAAAACGUGUUUCGUCGCCAAAAGUAAUCAAGGAACUCAGUAGUGAACCGAUUUACUUCGCAAAACAUGUUCAUCGCGGCUACACCAGCGACAUCUUCAUCGAAUUUGUCGACGAUUGGCACGGAACACAAGUCAAAUUUGUGAGGUUAAUUUGGGACUCUAGGAGACAGAAAAUUAGUGCGCAGAAUGUUCUUGCCUUAAAAAAUUCCCGGCCCGAUGAGAUGCGAAGUUACGAGCUUCGAGAUUUCUACGCAGAAAACACUAAAAUAAUGCUGCUGUUCAAAUAUUCGGAGAAGCUUUAUGUUACUGAGGUGGAUGUUCCAAAAAAAAGUGAUGAUUUCAUAGAAUUUGAUAUUGAUGACGAGGAACAUUGUAAGCUGGUAUUUGAGAACGCGGAUAAGGAAUUUAUUUCGACGGCUAAGAUUCAAAAUUCUGAUGUUAUUAUUGCGCAUAAUGGAUACUCUUUCCGUGUUGUGGUGAGAAAGAAGUCUACUAACCAAGGUGGAUAUGAGCUUACAGAAUAUUAUUUACUUUGUCGGCAAAAGUUCAGCUCUAUAGUCGCCAUUGAAUACAAAUUCAACAAUUUGUUCAUAUUCGACGCAACAGGUUCUUCGGAAGUCUACAAGCUUGAAAAUGCUAGUAGCUUUCAGAGGAUAAAUUUUAGUACCGAUCGAGUCACUCAAAUAAAAAAUAAAAAAUUUUUUAUGGAUCCGAACAUAAAAUUGGUCUUAAAAAAUGGAGCUCCAUGCUUGGCUCUCGUGAGCACUCGAAUAAUUUUGUUUGCAAAAUUUUCUUAA